AAGUGAAACGUGUUCAAUUGAACGACCGGCAGACGGCGGUCGUUCAAUGACGGAUUAGCUAACGGGUUGGUUGAAAGCAACGAAGAAGAUCGUCGCCCGCCCGCUGUUUAAUGAAGGGAGAAGAAGAGCAUGGCUGCGAGCAACGCGGCUGCACCGCUAACGAGCUCGCUCUCGAAACUGCAGUCUUUGAAUGGACUGUUUGCAAUUUAUAAAAAGCGAGGGCCGACCUCUGCGGAUGUCUUGAACAAGCUCAAAGAAACUCUACUCGAGGAAGCCGGCUUGAGGACUGCGAACCCGAGGAAGCGGAAGAAGCAGAGUCUCAAGAUGGGCCACGGAGGGACGCUCGACAGUGCUGCCAGUGGAGUAUUAGUGGUUGGUGUUGGGAAUGGCACCAAAAUGCUCAGCACCAUGUUGGCUGGUUCCAAGAAAUACAUUGCUGUCGCGGAGUUGGGGAAAGCGACUGACACUCUUGAUGCUACUGGCAGUGUUACUCAAGAGAAGGACUUCAAACAUGUUACCAAGUUGGAGUUAGAGGAGAAGCUGAACAGUUUUGUCGGCGAUAUCAUGCAAGUCCCGCCACUUUACUCAGCGCUGAAAAAAGAUGGCCAGCGAAUGUCUGUCCUUCUGAAGAAAGGUCACAAAGUUGAGGCGAAACCGGCGAGGUCCGUCACGGUGUACAACUUGACCCUGCAAGAGUUCAAGCUGCCGUUCUUCACAUUGGAUAUUGAAUGCGGUGGCGGAUUUUACGUGAGGAGCUUGGUGGAUGACCUGGGAAAAGCGCUCUCGUCGUGCGCUCACGUCAAGGAGCUGACCCGCACCAAACAGGGUCAGUUCACCUUGGAGCGGCAUGCCUUACACGAGGAGCAAUGGACACUGGAACACAUCGUCAAAUCGCUGCAAGCGUGCCCAGAGUCAGAACAGAGUCUGGACAGUGUGGCAGCGCCGGAAGGCGGAACUUGAACAAUGAUCUUUAGAGAGAAACUCAUUCAGGUACGAGUCGGCCGUUGCUUGAAAUUGUCAUUUUCAUUUGCGUUUGUUUGUUUGUUGGGGAGUAUCACUUUGUUAUUUUUUUAAAUUGAAAAAUACAUUUUGAAUUGGCGUUUGUUUACAGCCUCAAACAAAUACAUAGAUCAUGGUUAUUACUGCAUUCCGUGGGCUCACGAUAUGUGCAAAAAUCUUAUUAUAGCAACGCAAGCAACAAGGAGAACAAAUUGUGUUGACUGUAUGUAAAGAUCGUUUGUUUGUUUGGGGUCUUUAUAUCAUCGCUUUGAUUCUUGAUCGUCUUUAAGUAGCAGAAAUACCGCUUUGAAUGUUACGCUAAGUACCGUAUAUUCUAGUUAUCAGUUCUGUCGAUAAUGAUUUUUUUCUUCUUACGGCUACAUUCGGGUAAAUGGCAAAUGUUUACUAAGGAUACGCUUUGUCUUUCAACAGAUUAUGUGUAUAUAUAUAUAUAUAUAUAUAUAUAUUUUUUAACAUAUGUAUCCAAGUGAAAGUGGACUCAUACUGCUGCACUCAUCCGGGGGUCUGCUCACAAGCAUGCGUUUCAUAAUAAGACGUUGGAUUAUGAAAACUUUCUUCUCGAUGUUGAGUCUUUGCGCAUCAUUUUCUAUAUUGCGGAGAUGACCGACCAUCUCGCUCCCGAUUAUUCCAGCCAUUUUCUUUGUUAUGCUUGAUUUAAUAAUGAUUGAGCCUUUUUUUUUUUUUUUUUUUU